GGUGGUGUAUAAUUGUUUAGACUUAGUGUUCGUGGGGUAUUUUCCACAUGGGUUUAGAUGUUAGUGAGUUUUUUUAGCUAGGUCACGUUAACAUCACGUUGGCAGCUACAACGAACUUGUGGAUAAAUGUAUCGGCUCACGAAUUCACAUCGUCAUGAAAACCGACAAAGAAAUCGUGGGCACCCUGCUGGGCUUCGAUGAUUUUGUCAACAUGGUCCUGGAAGACGUGACAGAAUUUGAAAUCACUCCGGAGGGAAGGAGGAUAACUAAACUGGACCAGAUCCUGCUCAAUGGCAACAACAUCACCAUGCUUAUACCUGGUGGUGAAGGCCCUGAUGUAUGAAUCACUGGACGAUGGACAGUUUUGUGUUUUCUAUUUUCUACACUUAGUUGAUUUUGUCAUUGUGGUUUAUUAGUACUCCACUUUACACUUAAGGAGGAAAAUAUUUUUGUAAUUAGAUUCCUGAAGUUUUUUUUUAAAUAAGUGAGUGUUUGAGUCACACUUCACCAAAAAUCUGUUUGUUUCAAAUAAAGAAUGACACAGUUUAAAAAUAAAAAAGAUUUUAUCUUUUUUAA